AUGGAGAAGCAAAGCAAGACACCAUCUUCUGUGGCCGUAUACUAUCUUGAGGAGCAGCAAUAUGCUUCUCCUCACAAAAACAUGCCAAACAUGGAAGACGUAAAAGCUACUAAAGCAAACAAUAUUUUCAGAGAGUCUACAAUCUACAAAAAGGCUGCAGCAGAGUUGGUGGCAACUUUUAUCUUAGUAUUUGCCGGGUGUGGAGGAAUCAUGGUGGAAGCCCGAGAUAAUGUCUUAACUUACGUGGGGGUUAAUGCAGUUUUUGGGCUGGUUAUAAUGGCGAUAAUAUACUCUUUGGGACAUAUCUCUGGUGCUCACAUAAAUCCUGCAGUCAGUCUUGCUUUCUCAGCUGUGGGAAAACUUUCUGUUAAAGAGCUGCCCAUUUAUAUUGUAUCUCAGAUUGCGGGUGCCACAGCAGCUGCAGCUCUACUCAAUGAAAUAAUUACAAACACAUCAAUUAAUGUUUCUGUCACUGUCCCUGUGGGAAAUCCUUUUGCAUCACUGGUGGUGGAAUUCAUCAUUACCUUCAUACUAGCCCUUGUUAUAUUUGGAACAGCCACAGAUCCUAAAGCACAUGGUCGAAUGGCAGGGGUUGCUGUGGGUGGUAUAGCAGCUUGUAAUGGUUUAUUUGCUGGGACGCUGUCAGGAUGUUCCAUGAACCCAGCAAGAUCUGUGGGGCCUGCACUGAUAGCAGGCAAUUAUAAUGGAGUUUGGGUGUAUAUUGUUGGACCUGUUUCUGGAGCCAUUUGUGGAGCUUGGUUCUAUAAGGCUAUUUCUAUACAGUAA